AUGGCUUUAUUUUACUUGCAUGUGGCCUGCUGGCUGCUUUUUGUUGGUUUUGUAUUCCCGUACCGAGAUGACAAAUAUUGUCAUAUCUGCAAAAACCAUGUUGCAUGUGAGGCGGUAGACAAACUGCACGGCAAAUGUUUAACGUUCAGUGACGUGAAUCUAACAAUCCUCAACCACUAUCAACACCAGAUAACCGACCAUGUGAAUCACUUGCGGGAAAAGUUUGCCCUUGGACAUGUGAAUGGAUUUCACGAGAAGUACGGACCGAUGCACACAGUCACUUGGGAUCCGGAAAUGGCAGAUUUGUGUCGCUUUAACCUACACUCCUGUGAAUUUGCCCAUGACAAGUGUCGCGGGACACCGCAUUAUCCGUACAGUGGCCAAACACUUGGCAAGUUGACCAAAUGCGUGCCCAAUCUAAAGACUCAAGAACUCAAGAUAAACGUGUUACACAAUGUGGUUUUACAUUUGGUCGAUCAUUGGUUUGCAGAGCACGAAGUAACCAAAGCAUCUGACGUCACAUACUACUCUCGACAUUCAUCCGACCGAAAGCUCAAGAUUGGGCAUUUUCUUCAGCUCAUCAACUGUAACGUAUGCAAGCUAGGCUGUUCGCUCAUAUCAUAUCGCGACUACCGGAAACAUGAUGUGUGUGAUACGUAUAUCCUAUGCUGCAACUACUCUUACAUCAACAUCGUCAACCGUCCCAUUUGCGCGAUUAAUCGUUACCCGGACGUUUGUGAAAAGGAUAAAAAGUUUCACGGACUCUGCCAACACUGCCCUGCGUAA